AUGUUCUCGGGCACUGAUUGCCCCACCUCGACCAUACAGCACUGGACGAUUGACGUGCGCACAGCCUUAUUCAGCCAGUCAGAUGAGAGGUGGUUUACUCGAUUCGAGGACCUCACUCCACUGCUGCUACCCCAUCCCACGUCUUGUCCGGUCCGUAAGCGCGAAGUAUGUCAAAAUCUUCCUGGCCACUUCAUGAAGAAGAAUCAGGCUGCAGCCGAUAUGCUGUUGAGUCCGACGCGCAAAGCACAGGGAACUACCACAACGUCCUUUGCACUGCGCCCCUGGAUCAACAAGGCAGCUACACACGUUUCUCCACUCAUAGCCUCAUGA